UAACUAGUGGAGUCAACGUUAUUACCGUUGACGGUUUGUUCGGCGCGUAACGUUUGGUCUACCGUUUUUCGCGCAAUGUACAUUAAUAAAUAUAAUUUCAUUUGUAGGAACGAUAGAUGAGAGAUUUUCUCGAUAAAUAGUAUUAAGUGACGUUAAUAAGCUACGUAAUAAGCUAUCAGAUAUGACAGAAGAUCGUUCGAAAUGAUGAGACGAAAUGUGAUAAGUGUCGUUAAGUUCUUCUUUCUAGCGGUAUUUACCAUUUUUCUGACCGUAAUUAUCUUUCGAUAUAUCAGACGACCAUAUCGUGAAUUAACAACCUCACAGAUUCCAUUCGCAUUGAUAGAAAAUGGAGGAAAGCUUCCGAUGGAUUUGAGUCCAAAUGUUAACGAACAGAAUAUAGAUGAGAAGAUCGAUUGGCACAAUUAUAAACAGAUAAAAGAAGAUGCAGAAAGAAGUGGGAUAGGAGAACAAGGAAAGCCAGCCUUUUUAUCUCCUUCUCUUGAUGCGCUGAAGGAAAAAUUAUAUAAAACCAAUGGUUUCAACGCCGCUUUAAGCGAUGAAAUUUCUUUGAAUCGUUCAGUCCCUGAUAUUAGACAUUCUGAAUGUAAGAAGAAGAAAUAUUUGAAGAUGCUCGAUCCUGUCUCUGUGGUAAUCUCUUUCCACAAUGAACACUUUAGCAUUUUAAUGCGCACAUGUUGGAGCGUCAUUAACCGCUCUCCACCUUCGCUUCUCAAUGAGAUUAUACUAGUCGACGAUGCCAGCACAAAGGUAGAAUUAAAAAAGAAGUUGGAUGAUUAUGUGAAUAAACAUAUGCCAAAGGUAAAGAUAAUACGAUUACCAAAACGAUCAGGAUUAAUAAAAGGCCGAUUAGCUGGUGCAAAAAAAGCAGUAUCUAAAAUUCUCGUCUUCCUAGAUUCGCACAGUGAAGCCAAUGUGAAUUGGCUACCACCGCUUUUAGAACCAAUUGCCCAAGAUUACAAAACUUGCGUCUGCCCCUUUAUCGACGUAAUACAGUAUGAGACAUUUAAAUACCUAGCACAAGAUGAAGGCGCUAGAGGUUCUUUCGAUUGGGAAUUGUAUUAUAAACGUCUACCACUACUUCCAGAGGAUCUAAAAGAACCUACUGAACCAUUUAAGAGUCCGGUCAUGGCUGGUGGCCUGUUUGCUAUAAAUGCAAAAUUUUUCUGGGAGUUAGGUGGUUAUGAUUCUGGCUUAGAUAUAUGGGGUGGAGAACAAUAUGAAUUGUCAUUCAAGAUAUGGCAAUGCGGUGGUCAAAUCUAUGACGCUCCUUGUUCAAGGGUCGGCCAUAUUUACAGGAAGUUUCCACCCUUUCCUAAUCCUGGUCGUGGAGACUUUUUAGGAAAAAAUUUCAAGAGAGUAGCAGAAGUAUGGAUGGAUGAGUACGCAGAGUAUAUUUAUCGUAGACGGCCUCAUUUACGAUCGUUAGAUCCGGGUGAUUUAACGGAACAAAGAAAACUUCGAAAGAAAUUACAUUGCAAACCGUUCAAGUGGUUUAUAGAAAAUAUAGCCUUCGACCUUGUCGAAAUGUAUCCACCGAUAGAGCCCGAUGACUUCGCUUCAGGAGAAAUCAGAAAUAUGGGAGCACCAGAAUUAUGUCUUGAUGCUAAGAAGAUAAAAAAGGAUAAGAAUAUAAAUAUAGAUACUUGUAAAAAAGAUAAUUCAGUAUUGUCAGGAGAACAAGAUUUUAAAUUGACGUGGCGCAAAGAUAUUAGACCAAAAAAUAGCACAAAUUGUUUAGACGUAUUUAAAUCGGAUAUCAAAGCCCCGGUGAGCUUAUAUCCUUGUCAUGGAAAACAGGGUAAUCAGUUAUGGCGAUACGACGUAGAAAAACAAUGGUUGAUGCAUGGUUAUAUACCAAGAUGUUUGGAUACCGACCCAGGUAGUAAAAAGGUUUACGUGACUACAUGCGAUCAAUCAUCUCCUACUCAAAAAUGGAGAAUAGAGAAUGUCAAUAUGAAAGCUAUCAAUAAUUGGGAGAACGUGGGACCAAAGCUCAAAUAAAUUUCUUCCUUUGUAUUGCCAUAGAAUGCCAUAAUUUUAUAUUACAUUGAGUUACAUUUAAGCGCUGCAAUAUCGAUUGAAUGUAAAUAUUGGCAGAUCCUGCUGUUUCCAACUAGUCAUUCUACGUUGAGAUUCGAUUAUCGUUACUUUAGUCGAUUGAAAGAAAGUUUGUAAAUAUAAAAAUAAAGAUUUGUGCUCUAUGUGAGAAAUAUGGUUUUGUAUCUAAUACAUAUUAAAAGAAAUUUCUUUUUAAA